CAUUGAGGGGCGCGGAGUCUCGGGACGGAGGGGCGAUUCCGGUUAGGGGUCUUGCUUAGGGGUGGUCUCGGGAUCUGUAAAACGCCUGGCAUGGAGUCGGCUGAAUACAUGUGGGGACGGGGUUACUCUGUAGCCCUUUGGCCUUGGCAAACCAAGCCUAGAAAAUCCCCAUAGUCUGAGAAGCCCGUACAGGAUCGAUAGGAGAUGCCAGAAGUUCCUUGAUGUGUUAUGGGACACAUUUGGACUUGUAGGUCGUGAAGUCGCCAUUGCAGAGAAAAAGAAACAAGGCCGGGCACGGUGGCUCACGCCUGUAAUCCCGACACUUUGGGAGGCCAAGGCGGGAGGAUCCCUUGAGGCCAGGCGUCUGGGACGACCCUGGGCAACAUAGGGAGACCCGUCUCUAAAAAAAGUUUUAAAAUUUGCCGCACAUGGUGGCGUGUGCCUGUGGUCCCAGCUGCUAGGGAGGCUGACAUUGGAGGAUCGCCUGAGCCCAAGGAGGUCGAGGCUGCAGUGAGCUAUGAGAGCUGUGAUCGUGCCACUGCACUCCAGCCUGGGCAACAGAGCGAGACCCUGUCUGGAAAAAAAAGAAAGGCGGCCAGGCGUGGUGGCUCACACCUGUAAUCCUAGCACUUUGGGAGGUCGAGACGGGCAGAUCACGAGGUCAGGAGUUCGAGACCUCCUGGCCAACAGUGAAACCCCGUCUCUACUAAAAAUACAAAAAUUAACCGGGCAUGGUGGCAUGUGCCUGUAUUCCCAGCUACUCGGGAGGCUGAGGCAGGAGAUUCGCUUGAACCCGGGAGGCUGAGGUUGUGGUGAGCCAAGAUCGCACCACUACACUCCAUCCUGGGCAACAGAGCAAGACUCCGUCUAAAAAAAGAAAAAAAAGAAAACACAUGUAUUCAGGGUGGGCUCUGUAGGUAAGCCCAGAUAACCCUUGCAUUCCAAUAACAGGACAGGCCAAUGCUUGGGACAUAAAGAGGACCCCUCUGACUCUUCCAGGACAUCCUGUAGUGAAAAUCGUGUUGCUGGACGUGGUGGCUCACACCUGUAAUCCCAGCACUUUGGAAGACCAAUGCAGGAGGAUUGCUUGAGCCCCAGAGUUCAAUACCAACUUGAGUAACACGGGAGUAUGAGCCUGAUGUGGGCAGAAUCCAGAUGAGCUGGCCAGUGCUGUGAAGGAGCUGAGAGCACCCCCGAGAGCCAUGAGAUGGUAGGCAGAGUUCAGAGUAAGAUGCAUGGAAAACGAACAUGCCUCCCAUCCUGCAUCCCCAAAGAUCUUGACUGCAUGCAACACUCUGGGGGCUGGGCGGCAAGGACCAGGAUGGAGACCCUGGAGAAGAGUGACAGGAGGUGGCAUUGAUACCAAACUUUCGACGACCAAGGUUUCUUCUGAGACUCUGAAUAUCCAGCUGGAAGCGUUUUUAAGUGUCUGUCACUGGUAUUGAGGAGUCAGGGGCACGGAGUAGAAGACAUUUCCGGUCACAUGACAUCUUGGCUGGGAGGGUUUGCAUGUCGUGUCUGGGAAAGGAGUGACCUGCCCGCCCAUUGGCACCCAUCGCUGGCGCCAAAAACCAAGAAAGGAUGGAAAGGCUCCAUUGAUGAUUUUCUUGGUGACCUUCUAGGGGAUGAUAUGACACUACCUGAGAAGCCUGUUAAACUAGCUUCACAUACCAGAGACACCACAGGUGUAUCUCAGAUGUUCCCUUCUUCAAAGGCUAGAACAAAGUCCCUCCUGGGUGAUGAUGUCUUCAGCACCAUGGCAGGCCUGGAAGAAGCUGAUGCUGAGGUUUCAGGUAUCUCAGAGGCAGACCCACAGGCUCUGCUCCAGGCCAUGAAGGACCUGGACGGCAUGGAUGCUGAUAUCUUAGGUCUGAAGAAAUCUAAUUUAGCCCCUAGCAAAAAAGCUGCAAAGGACCCUGGGAAAGGAGAGCUGCCCAACCACCCCAAGCCUGCAGGGGGUGCCAUUCCCACCAAGAAGUCACUUCCGUCUCCCAGCAGCUCUGGGCAUCAGAACAGGAGGUUUUCCUCUGAAGACUUGGAAGACCCAUUGGGAGGACUUCUCUCCUAUGAUGAAGGAGGAAUCACCAAGCAGCCGCCUGUGACACAGAGUAAAACAGCUUCUGACAAGAGCCCCAGCACAGUGAGAGAUCAAGGUCCCUCUAUUCCUCUAACUCCUGGGGACACCCCCAUCCGAAAAAAAGAAGAAUUGUUGUUUGAUGAUGGGGAUGAUAUCAUGGCCACCUUGGGGUUUGGAGACAGCCCCAAAGCAGAGAAGAGGCAGAUAGGAGACCAGGAAGGGCCUCGCCCUGCUCGCUCCACGCUGGAUGAGCUGCUGGGUCGAGGCACGGCCACCAAACUCCUGGCCCGCCCGGGCACCGGGGAGCACAGGGAGUUCAAGCUAGACAAGAAGUACCAGAGGCCACAGGACAGUGAAGAUACGUGGGGUGACGAGGACUUCACCUUUGGAGCCUAUCAGCCCACCGUGGUCUCCUCUGAGGGCCGGCAGUCCCGCCGGCAGUCUGUCAGUAGGUUCUUAGCAGACAGUGGCCCAGACCCCAAGGGAGAACCAGGCUCCAAACAGAGCCCUCCAAUGGCUUCCAGCCCCAUCCAGCCCAGGAAGGGAGGAGCUGACUGGUUGGGCCUCAAGGACGAGGACUUGGACCUGUUCCCUGCCUCACCCACCAGAGAGGCCCAUCGGGAAAGCUCAGUGCCUGUCACGCCCUCAGUGCCUCCUCCUGCGAGCCAGCACUCCACGCCAGCUGGGCUGCCCCCCUCCAGGGCAAAGCCACCAACUGAAGGUGCAGGGUCCCCUGCCAAAGCCAGCCAGGCUUCCAAGCUGCGAGCCUCCAAGGAGGAGAAAGAGGACUGGCUGAGCCAUGCCCUGUCUCGGAAGAAGUCCCAAGGCCUGGCCAGAGAGCAGCAUGCUGGGACCUCUGAGGGCCUGUGUUUGGCGGGGACAGCAGGCCAUCCCCCUUCUGGCAGCCAACCUCUCACCAGCACACAAGGGCUUGAGCACACAGCUGCUGGAGGGAGCUCUGGAACAACUGCACGAGAAAGACCGUGUGUCAGGCCUGGCGUCUCGGGGUCCCCUGUGACUCAGAACCAUGCCGCCUCAGCACUCCCUACAGGUUCCCCAAAGAGGGGAACAGCCCCUGGAGACCUCUCAGCCACUGAGCCUGCCACGUGUUUCCCGAGCACCCAGAAACCCACAGAGCCUUCCGUGCCCGUCCAGCCCCUGCUCCCAGAGUCCCUGGCCCGGAGCCUGCUGCCGGGCACAGAAUACCAGAAGCAGCUCCUGGCAGCACAGGUGCAACUUCAGAGCGGCCCCGCUGAGCUCCAGGCUGAGCUGCUGCAGAGCCAGGCCCGGCUGGCAGAGCUGGAGGCCCAGGUGCGGAAGCUGGAGCUAGAACGGGCCCAGCAUGAGCUGCUGCUGGGGAGUCUGCAGCAGCAGCACCAGGCAGACCUGGAGCUCAUCGAGAGUGCACACAGAAGCCGCAUCAAGGUGCUAGAAACAUCGUACCAGCAACGGGAGGAGCGGCUCCGGAGAGAGAACGAAGAGCUGUCAGCUCGGUAUCUGUCGCACUGCCAGGAGGCCGAACAGGCCCGUGCUGAGCUUACGGCCCAGCACCAGCGGCGCUUGGCGGCCAUAGCGCAGGAGAAGGACCAGGAAAUGGAGCGGCUCCGGGAGCUGCAGCGGGCGUCCAUCCUAGACAUGCGCAGAGACCACGAGGAGCAGCUGCAGCGGCUAAAGCUGCUGAAGGACCGAGAGGUCGAUGCGGCCACCAGUGCCACCUCCCACACGCGGUCCCUGAAUAGCAUCAUCCACCAGAUGGAGAAGUUCUCCAGCAGCCUGCACGAGUUGUCCUCCCGCGUGGAGGCCUCGCACCUCACCACCUCCCAGGAGCGGGAGCUGGGGAUCCGGCAGCGUGACGAGCAGCUGCGGGCACUGCAGGAGCGGCUGGGCCAGCAGCAACGGGACAUGGAGGAGGAGCGGAGCCGGCAACAGGAGGUCAUCGGGAAGAUGGAGGCGCGGCUGAAUGAGCAGAGCCGGCUGCUGGAGCAGGAACGCUGGCGGGUGACUGCCGAGCAGUCCAAGGCGGAGUCCAUGCAGCGCGCCCUAGAGGAGCAAAGGAAGGUCACGGCCCAGCAGAUGGCCAUGGAAAGGGCGGAGCUGGAGCGGGCCAAGAGCGCCUUGCUGGAGGAGCAGAAGUCUGUCAUGCUCAAGUGCGGGGAGGAGCGGCGGCGCCUGGCUGCCGAGUGGGCGGAGUUCUCCGCGCAGCAAAAGCUGAGUAAGGAGCGGGCCGAGCGCGAGGCCGAGCGGGCAUUGCAGGUGGACACCCAGCGGGAGGGCACCCUCAUCAGCCUGGCCAAGGAGCAGGCUGAGCUGAAGAUCAGGGCCAGCGAGCUCCGGGCCGAGGAGAAGCAGCUGGCAGCGGAGAGAGCAGCCCUGGAGCAGGAGCGGCAGGAGCUGCGGCUGGAGAAGGAGAGGAUCAACGCCACCGCCCUGCGUGUCAAGCUCCGCGCCGAGGAGGUGGAAAGCAUGAGCAAGGUGGCCUCCGAGAAGUACGAGGAGGGGGAGCGGGCAUUGCGCGAGGCCCAGCAGGUGCAGGCAGAGCAGCAGGCCAGGUUGCAGGCGGUGCAGCAACAGCAGGAGCGGCUGCGGAAGCAGGAGCAGCACAUGCACCAGGAGCAUCUGAGUCUGGCCCAGCAGAGGCUGCAACUGGACCGCGCACGACAGGACCUGCCCUCUAGCCUCGUGGGUCUGUUCCCCAGGGCCCAGGGCCCUGCAGCCUCCAGCCAGAGUGCCCUCAUGCCUCCUGCUCCCACCACCCGUUGGUGCAGCCAGCCACCGACUGGCCUGGACCCCAGCCCCUUGCACCUCCAUGCCAGGCUGGUGCUGCUGAGGCACAUGGCAGAGCAGGACCGUGACUUCUUGGAGAAUGAACAGUUCUUCCUGGAGACCCUGAAGAAAGGGUCCUACAAUUUGACAUCUCAUUCAGCCUGAUUGGGACCCCAGCCAAUUCCCCAACAGAGGGUUCGGACCCCAGAACUCUCCUGUUCCUCCGGCUGCCUCCAUGGAGGCAGUGCCUGAGGAGGAUUCUGAGAUGCUUGAGGCCUGAUGACAGCCCUUCCAUGGACAGGGUGCAAGUGCAUCCCUUCCAAAUGUGCCAGCCCGGGGCAGCCCCUGCCUCUGGGGCUCUGUGGUGUAGGCUAUCUUACCAUGGCUUUGGCUGCCCUGCCCCAAAGCCAUUGGCUUGGAUCUGAGGGUCUGAGUUGGCAGCAAGGACCCCCAGCUCUCACUGGGCUCUGUGGGCUCCCCCUGCUCCACAGGUAGACUGUUGUGGGCUUUUUGCCUGGGCCUCUUCUGAGGCAGGAGCUUUCUUGAGGGAUGCCACAAACAGCCUUCCCUACUCCCUGCCAGAGCAGUUCCCUCCCUGAUGAGCUGGAGAAGGGCCCUCUGGCCUCCUGACAGUACAGGAAUGGCACCAGCUAGAUCCUCCCUUGUGGUGUGAGAUGUUCCUGGAACUCAGCCAGGCCCUCCUCCUCCUGGGCUUGCCCAGAGCCCCCACCCUAUUCCCAGCAUUGCCCGAAGGACCAACCAGUUUGGGUGAACAGUGGCCUCCUCAGCUUCCUCCCCAUCUGGGUGUCCCACCGGCGGCGGAGGGAGCUGUGGCGAUGGUGGGGUGUGGGGAGGGACGAGGAGGGAAGCCUCUGUGCUGCUCACCUGCCCAAAGCCCAGCUCAGCGGGUGCGCAGUGGAGGCGACAAGGAAUCAAUCACAACUAGCAGAGGUUUCUUUGAUCCUCCUCCACUCCCGCUGCUUCAACUUGACUAAGCUUAAAAAAACUGCUUUUGCCACGGCCCAUCACAGUUUAUACUUAUUUCUUAGAAAAUGUUUCCUGUUAUUUGCUGGACAAGUCCCAAAGAACAGGCAGAUGUUCCUAUUAAAAGAUCAGCCUAUAAGAUUGG